AUGGAGGGGAAAUUUCCGCUGCGCCUCCUGACGCCUCACGCGUCGUGCCGAGACGCGACGCUUGGCGCGGCGGCGUACAAUGCACUGCCGGUCAAGGGCGUCGGUGUGCUGUUCGUGGUGAGCUUUGGGGGCGGGCUCGUGAGCGGAGAUCAUAUCGAUCUGGAUGUGGACGUAGGGUCGCAUACGCGCCUCUUGCUCCUCACGCAAGGAAGCACAAAAGUCUACUGCGAGCGACGCGGCGGCGACUUCCUGGAGAAGCUGCAGCAUGCCAGGCCGUCGCUGCCGGUGUCGGAGCAGUACUUUCGGUACAUUGUGCGCCCUCAUGCAACGCUUGUCCUGUUGCCCGAGCCCGUGACGUGCUUUGCGCGCUCGCGCUACGUCCAGACGCAACGCAUUGACCUGCGGUGCGCACAGACCUCCUCCCUGGUCCUCCUGGAUUGGUUCACCUCGGGGCGUUUGCUGAUUGAUGGACCGAAAGAGAGCACGGAUAUGCACCGCAUCCCCGAGUUCUGGCACUUUUACCUCUACCACAGCCGGAACGAAGUGCGUGUCGACGGCCAAGUGAUUGCACGCGACUGCCAGGAGCUUUCACAGGACCUUCCGGAAAAGCUGAUACGCGAUGUGCCAACGGAUCUGUCCCACCGCUGUGCGCCUUAUACCUGUUAUGCGACGUUGCUGCUCUAUGGCCCUGAGGUCGCGACGAUCUGCCAAGCGAUGGAAGAAGAGUUUGACGCGAUCCAGCAGCCGCAGCCGCUGCUGCGCUCCGGGGGUACCACAGGCUCAUCGCGUAUCGAGCCCCCCCCCGUGCUGUGGAGCGCAAGCUCGCUAAGCGCCAGUGCGCCGAUUCCCGGUAGCGAUCCCAAAAAAGCGCCCAGUGCACUGCCGGGCCUCAUGGUGCGCCUCGCCGGCAUCGACACGGAAGAGGUGCGCGACUGGCUCCACAAACGGCUGGGCGCUGUGCGCCACCUUAUCGGAGACGACAUGUACAGAAUAGCGUUGGGGUAA